AGGUCAGUUAUUCCAAGAUGGCCACCUGGAGCAAAACUUUGAACUGUUCAUGUUAUGAACUAGGUCAUACUUGGACGCCUUAUUGUACUCAAGCGUUUAAAGAUGUGUGCACUCGUGGUUUUUUAUAUUCAUUUAAAAUUUAUGGACCACUUUAUCUGGUGGCAGCAAUUCUCAGAAGAAAGAACAAAGAAUAUUUCUUAAAGAAACUGCUUCCUGAAAUCUUACAAUCUACGCUCUUCUUAGGAACUAAUGCUGUGCUUUUCAUGGGUGGUUUUUGUCUAUGGAGGAGAAUUGUAGGGUUUUACUUUUUCUUCAAUGUUUUUCCCUGUGCAAUGCCUGCGCCAGCAUUAGCAUUGCUGGUGGAGAGAAAGGACAGGAGAGGAAUGCUGGCCCUAUAUGUCUCAAAUUUGGCAAUAGAGACCUUAUACAGAAUGGCAGAAGCAAGGGGCUAUGUUAGACAGAUCAAAAAUGGACAGGUGAUCCUGUUCAGUAUAGUGUCUUCCAUCUACUUGUAUCUUUACAGGCAAAAAUCUGGAUUAGAGAAGUCCACAUUAAAUUUUAUUAAGCUUCUGUUGGGUGGAGAGGAAUCCCCAGAUCUGCUGUCUGAGGCCAGGACAAUCAAGUCGACAUCAUCUCAGGUAUACCACAAUGUCCUCCGUCUUCCAGAGGCUAUGUGGCAGCGGCUGCUACAGCUAGUACAGAAAUGGAGACAGGGACCAAGACACCAUCUAUGCAAGCACCUGCAUGGAUGCCACUCUUACUGUAUAGAGGGAUUCCUCAGGUCAUUUACUAUGGGUUACAUAGUCCAAGCUGCAGUCGGCUGCUUCACUGCACUUCCCAAACUAACCAAGCAACCGAGCAGCCUUCUCCAGGCUCUGAAGCACAGAAAUAACUUCAGCUUGGGGGCAUUUCUAGGGCUCUUCACUGCUGUGUUCAGGAUGGUGAACUGUGUACUUCGCUGGCUGAGGGACACAGACCAUGCUAUCCAUGGAGCUGUGGCAGGUUUCCUGGCAUCGUGGUCCAUGUUGUUUUAUAAGAGUACCAGUGUGGCUCUUUAUUUAGCAACCAAAAUUACAGAGAUUUUAUAUUUCAAAGGUAUAAAGAAGGGCUGGGUCCCUCAUAUAAAAUGUGGUGAUAUAUUGCUGUACAGUAUAUCCACUUCAAUAUUGUUUCAUGCAACUGUGUUUGAAGCCCACAGCAUAAGGCCUGCAUAUUGGAGGUGGCUAUUAAAGAUUACAGGAGGAAAGUUUGCUAUGAUAAACAGAAAACUACUUGACAUCUAUGGGACCCAGGCUUCCAAACUUUACCCAGAUUUUGUGCCAAAGUUAGACCCUCGCUUCUCUGAGAUGGCCAGAAAAGCGCUUCUGGAGGGAAAAUCAUAACUUUAUGUUACUGUACUGUAUUGUCAUGGACAGACACUGUGUCUGGUUUUUUGCCAGGUGUGUUCUGCAUGAAAAAAAUCAUGAGCUUUGUCCAAAUCAACGCCUGUACCAAGUAUUUUGAUAUAUGCUGGUGCCAUUGUUAUAAACUAAUAUGUGAAAACGGUCAACAGAAGAUGCUGAAAUAAUAUAUCAAAUAAACAGGUUAUAAAAUAAUAACAUGUCAGCACAUCCUACAGAAGAUGAGUUGAAUUUGAAAUAUUGAA